CCCAGCAAUCCUAUAUGUACAUGCUUACGCUUCUUGUGGUCUACACAUAUCUCUGGAAAACACGCCUUCUCUCUUAUUAAUCCUCUCUGCCUGAUCUCUACCAAGGUUAAUGAUGGCAAGAUCAGGAAUGGCCUUCCCUGCUGGACUCAGGGCCCUUAUGAUGGUUCUUCUACUCCUAGUGAUCCUACUUCCUCAUGCUUUCAGUCGGAAGCAGGAUACUCGUGAUAACAAUUGUCCUCCUUCUUCCUGUGGCAAUAUCCUCAACAUAAGCAAUCCGUUUCGACUAACAAGCGAUCCAUCAAACUGCGGAGAUCAAAGGUACGAGCUCUCAUGUGACGAGAACAACCAAACAAUGUUAACUUUAUUUGGUGGAAAAUACUACGUAAGGCAAAUCAAUUACAAUAACCACAUGAUUCGAGUUGUAGACUCGGGCGUUCAGGAGGAUAAUUACUCCUUCAUCCCUCUUUAUUCCUUGAACCAUGGUAAUUUCAGUCGGUGGGGUUGUAAAACUUAUUCCACAUAUGAAGCAAGCUGGUGGAACACAUCAACGAGACAAUACAAAUUCAAAGACCUAUCAAUUAAUGUCAUGGUUAUAGUGAACUGUGAAAAGCCAGUGAUGAAUUCUUCCUAUUUGGAUUUGGAAACUACUCCAAGUUGCUCGAAUAAUCUUAAUAAUAAUGAUGGAUCUGCGUCUUCUUCCAACUCCUCUUUAUCAUCCCAAUAUUGCAAAAGAUACUUAUAUGCUGUAGUUGGUGGAGCCUCUGUGAUGGAUUUUGAGGACUCGUGCAGGAUAGAGCAAAUGUCUCUGUCAUCGUGGGCAGAAUUAGGAAAUCAUGUUGACCAAAAUAUUUCCUAUACAGACCUAGCCUCCACAAUAUAUUCUUGUAUGGUUUUGAGCUUUCAUGGUACUGGUUUUAUUGUGGAAACAGCACAAGUACUAUGUGCUACCUGGAUGACGUGAACCGAGGUCAUUGCAGAAAAUAUGAACUCAAUGAUAUAAUACUAGGUUUGGAAGGCACAAGUGAGUUUUCUCUCUUAGAAAGAUGUUAUAGGCAGGCAAAGUGAAACGCUAGAACUAGGUGAUGAUACAAUUAGGGGAAUAGCCAUAUUGCAUAUCGUGCUUUGGCAUUAAUAUUUGAUCACUAACUGUUUAUAUAAUUGAACUUUUUUUUGGGUCUUAGAAACGAUGAAGAAAAUGCAAUGAAAAAGUUGAAAUUUGAUCUUAAUUAGAAACUAUGAGAGGUAGCUUUCCGGGCCCCCUCUUCAAUAAAACUUUAUUAUAAUGACGUUCCAUGCCGAUUGUGUGAGAGGUAAUAAAUUUGAUAUAAUAUAAUAUUAUUAAAAUCACGGUACGUUUCCAGUGUAUAUAACUCGUCUUGUAUUUAAAUCGAACAUAACGCAUCAUGUAUUUAGUACUGAUUCCUCUUUUACAUCUCAGAAUCAAUGAACUAAAUGAUUAUUAAUUAGAUCGACUAGCUUGGACUUUUCAGCUUAUGUAAAUCACUUUCUAUAUAAAUUAACUGAUCACUAACCUUUUUUCUUUUCAACAA